UCUGCAGACUCGACAGGAUGAUCUGAAGAGUUGUACCUGUCAUGGCUCGUCGUCUUAAUGUGAUAUCGCAGUAACGGUCAUGGGAGGCUGUGUCGGAACAGAGAGACGAGGGGCUAACGGCUCUUCCAGGAAUGCUGCGAGACAAAACAAAAAGCGUGGAGGACGUAACGAGCCAUUAAAGAAAGACAGGCCCAAGUGGAAGAGCGACUACCCCAUGACCGAAGGACAGCUCCGCAGCAAGAGGGACGAGUUCUGGGACACGGCCCCGGCGUUCGAUGGCCGCAAAGAGAUCUGGGACGCUCUGAAGGCGGCAGCUGUGGCCAUAGAAUGCAACGACCACGAGCUCGCCCAGGCCAUCGUCGACGGGGCCAGCAUCACGCUGCCACAUGGAUCUCUGAUGGAGUGCUAUGAUGAACUGGGGAACCGGUACCAGCUCCCCGCGUACUGCCUGGCACCUCCGGUCAACCUGAUCUCCGAGCGGAACGAGAGCGAGGCGUUGGACAACAUGGAGCCUCAGGAGAAGAAAGAGAAGGAAUUCCAGUUGAAGGUGCGCCUGUCCACGGGAAAAGACCUGCGUUUGAACGCUAGCAUGGCAGACUCCAUCUGCCAGCUCAAAAAGCAACUGCAGGUUCAAGAAGACAUCGACGCUUCCAACCAGCGCUGGUUCUUCUCUGGAAAGCUGCUGACAGACAAAACGCGCUUGCAAGACACCAAGAUCCAAAAAGACUUUGUCAUUCAGGUUAUCGUGAACCAACCGAUAAUACCCAACUGAACAGGCAAGAGCGUGGAGGGAGGGACAAAACCUAAAGCGGUCCAAUAGGAGAGGAGCUGAGCUUGUAUGAGAGACUGUGAGAGACAUUUCAUCUGUCCAAUCAGAGAGCGGAAUGGUCUCAAAUGGGAAAAAAAAGCCUCUGGCAAACUGAACCUUCUGUGAAUGAACAUCUGGGAAAAUGUCACAUUAAGCUGGGUGAACCUGACUUAUGUAUUCAUAAAAAUCACUGCUACUCUACAUCUGCUGAUCAGAUGACCGUUAUGGUAGUGUGUAUUUUCAUUUAAAAAAAUGAACAAAAGAACAGAGGUUUUAUAAAGGUAAUAAAGCACAAAUCAGACAAAGAAGCCACAAAUCACAUACAGGCACAUUCUUUGACCAUCCUGAAUCAUGUUUUUUUUUUUUGCUUUGUUUUGUUUUUGUUAUUGUUUUUUUUUGUGCAUGAUAUGGGCUUGUGUCCCAGGACAGAUCUUCUUGUGAGUCCCCUUUGCAGUCAGGUUUACGUAAUGGUUAACAAUCAGGUAGCAAUCACUACUGCUAUUUAUGUACUAUAUAUGUCUUGUUAACUCUGUUUUAAUCUGACCAUACAUCCACUCAUCACAUGGAUGCCAAAUGCCACAAGCAUCUGCUAUGUCUUUGGCCUCGAUGGUUAAACAGUGUUGUUUCUCUGCUGUGCUGCUCAGAAACAAAAGAUUUCUCAGGGGGGGUUUUUUGUUCACGUGUCGAUAUUCAUCAUCCUUUAAACAGAAGGUCCUAAGGAGCCAGAGUCCUUAAUAGUGAGUGAGUAGUUCUAAGUGUGAUGUCGGAAACAGUGUUCUGUCUGCUGCCAUGUCACGUCACGUCACGUCAAGCGAAUCACCUGUUUUGUUUUCGUCAGGCUUAUCUGUGUCUUCACUCACAAGGACGAGCAAUGUGGACAGUUCUCCAGUUGAAGCUGCUUAAACUCAAAUUGUACAGUUUUGAUUUAUCGUCAUAUGUUUGUUUUAUUUGUUCUUGCUUUGUAUCUCUAUCUGACUUUGUCUCCUUGUUCCUUCUGUGCUAAUGUCAAUGGAACAGAAUGGAAUGACUUUUAAAGGGCAGCGUGUACUUCAAUCAAAAUCUAAAUUUU